AUGCAGUUCACCAACUUCACCGUCGCCGCUCUUUCAGCUUUCCUUUUUGCGGGCAACGUCGCCGCUAAGGAAUGCCACGCGCGUGAAAACUGUUGCUACUCUUCUGAGGGAGCUUGCAGGCGCCAGCUUGGACUAGCCUAUGCCUUCAUUGGAGGGUGCUCCUUCGAUGGUCACGACCAGGACAAGUUGACUCUCUGCGAACAAGUUAACGUCACUCGCAAAGACUGCGACGCCGACUGCUGCGACAUCCAGACUAAGAAAGGACGCGGGUGCCCCAAGGAGGGUUAA